AACCCCAUGAGGUUGUCUAACUGCUGUCUGUUUGGGUUUAUGUUGUUGAAGAUAUUUCAACUGACAGACAGCAUUCAGCAGUGAGUAAAGAAGUUCCGGUGGAGCCAUCCUGUUCUAGUGCCCAGUCUUCCCAUCAGCAACAUGCUUCGUCUGCCAUAACAACAGGUAGAAAAAGGAGGUGGUCAAGCGAGUCACUGGUCCAGAGCAUAAAGCGCUCAAACCUUGAAGACUCGUCCGCAAUGAAAUUUUUGGAAUGGUGCCAGAAUCAGUUAAGGGCGUUUUACAAAACCAUGUGUCAGGUGAAAAUAACACCGUGGGACCCAGACAACACGGUACACAUUAAUGAUAUUUACAUACAGUUAACGCUUUUACAAGACCACAGAAAGCCUAACGGGACAACGAAGAAAAGGUUAGGAGGCAGCAGUGAAGUAUUUGAAGGCGACGAACAUCGUGCCAUCCGUAGACGAAUUCUAGUGUAUGGAAGACCUGGAAUAGGAAAGUCUACUUUCACUCAGAAACUAGCUGUGGAUUGGGCAGAUGGCAAAAAGGAGAUCCUCAGAAAGUUUUCCCUUUUACUGUUAAUCAAGUUGCGAGACGUUUGUGAUAUUCCGGAUCUCUGCGCCAUGUUGACAACCGCUGAACUGUUGUCUGCUGAUGACCCAAAAGCAGUCAAUAACUUGUAUGAAUAUGUCCGUCAGAACCAGGAGAAAGUGCUUCUCAUAUUGGACGGAUAUGACGAGUACAGCGGUGGAAAGUCAUCCCCAGUUCACCAGAUUUGGAGAGGCAGUCAGCUGAGAGACUGUUGUGUAAUGAUCACAACGCGACCAGUGAAAGAGGAUGAACUAAGAAUGCCAAGUCAUGCUCAGUUUGAACUGAACGGGUUCGAUAGCAGGAAACAAAAAGAACAGUUUGCAAGAAAGAUUCUUGCUGAUGAGGAGGACGUUGAAGGGUUACUUGUCUACCUGGAGAAGCAGGACCUCGAUGAGAUGGCAGAAAUACCGCUUUUGUUGUUGAUGUUGUGUCUCCUCUGGAAAGAAAAAAAGCAUCAGCUACCCACAUCUCUUGCAAACAUUUACGUAGGAUUUAUUCAGACUCUCUUGGAUCACAUGGCUACAAAAGAGUCAGUCAACGUCGCAUCAGGUACAAGCAUAGAUGAAUAUCGAGAGGAACUUUCCAAAAUAGGAAAAUUUGCAUUUGAUGCUCUUUUGGAGGACCGUCUUCACUUGAAAUUCAGCAAAUGUGCACAUGGUGAUCUCUUCGAGAAGCUAAUACAUGUCGGUUUUUUUCAAGUUUCCAAACGUUCCUCUUUGAACCGUGAGAAGAUCGUUUAUUUUCUUCAUAAGUCCAUCCAGGAGUUUCUCGCAGCCCAGUUCAUCGUUGAAGAACUGAAGGUGAAAAAGAAUGAAACUGUCACCUGCCUGUCAGGAAUGGAUACGUAUGACAAAUCAAGGAAGAUGGCUGAAGUUCUAAAUUUCGUUUGUGAGUUGUCAUCAGGAGCUGCCGACAUUGUUUUUCAUCAUCUGCAGUAUCUCGGAGAGAGAGAAGGUCUCACAAAUUACAAGUUCAUUAAGACGCCUUCUGUAGAUGAUUUGUCUCACGAACAAGAACAGUUUAUUGUACUCUGUGUAAAUUGUUUGUUUUCUUGUCCAGUCUCAGAAAGAACAGCCGUGUAUCCUGCAUUUCUCUCAUGUGUUAACCAUGUUGUGAUACUUAAGAAUGAAAACGCGUCUACUCCUGCUGAAGAGCACUUCUUCAAAUAUAUCAGCAAUUUCCCAAACUAUUUAUUUUUUCCGGACUCGUUGGAGAUUAAAGCUGUUCAUAAUGAUGUGCUAUCAAUAAUGUUAGACUUCAACGCGGUCGUUUUAACGUCCUCUGGAGAAAGUAAAGAUGUAAAAAAGUACGCAGAUUUACUCGUUGGGAACUCUUUCCUCAAAAAAUCCGGGGGGAGAAACUUUGUCUAUCUAACUGAAUUAGUAGGUGGGGCUCUUUAUUCUGAAUUGCUUCCUGAACUGAUAUCAGCGCCGGUUAGCUCUUCUCAGCCACCCGUGGAUAAUUUAGUAAAUAACGAAAACAACAACAUUGAUGUGCCUUUGACUGAGAACCACUGUUUGUCACUGGUGAGAAAGGUUGCGAUUAUUGUUCACACACUUAAGGAUGCUGUUCUGUUGAAGAACGUGUUGCCUUUAGUAACAGCUCCUCGAGAAAUUAGCAUACGGGACCAGAGAUGGGAGGAGGAGGAGGAAGCCUUUAAAGGUCAAAUGAUUGAGAGCGCGAUUAACGGAGUUAAUUUUACUGACAAUCUCCACAGUUUAAUACUUAUGAACAUCAAUAUAGCAGCAAAGUGUGCUGCUUUUAUCGCCGAGUCACUGCCCCAUUCUCCAAAUUUGCGUGAGCUCAACCUGUCCUUUAACCCUUUACACAGCGGUGUGAGUCAUUUGGCUGAGAAUCUUCAUCACGUGCCACAGUUGACGGGAUUAGUGUGGUGGAAUGUAAAAAUGGGAGAAAAGGAAUGUGCGGCACUGGCUGCCUCAUUAAAGUACUUAAACAAGUUAGAAGAACUGAAUAUACACGACAAUGCCCUGGGUCACGGGAUUAUUGAACUGGCCAAGAACCUGAACAAUGUACCCAAUCUGACUAAGCUGGACCUGANGCUAAAAUCUCUUGAUCUAGAUUCCAAUCCACUUGGCCGCGGGGUCAGGGAUCUGGUCCAACAUCUUAGCAGUGUUCCUAAGCUGGCGCACCUGUCCGUAGAAUGUGUUCUGAUGACAAGGACAGAAUUUGAAGAGUUGUAUACAGCAGUAAAUGAGAGAAACAUUUAUUUGAAAACCGAUUACCAUGAGUCGGAAUUUUCAAUGGGGAGGGUCAUCCACCGACUUCAGACAAAAGCUAAGCUGAAAAGAAAAGGAAUAAGGUUCAGAAAAGAGCCAGAUGAUGAUGAUGAGGAUGAGGAGUAGGAUGAUGAU